AGAACAUUAUCUGCAUAUACAGCAUAUUUAACUUUCCCUCAUCAUCAUUACCAUCCACAUCCCUAAGCAAUGACACAGUUACCAUCGGUGUCGGAAUUAAUGACAUCAACCAAAGUUCCUUCACCAGAAACCACCCCAGCCCAAUCCAACCACCUUCCGGCAAUAGCAACAACAAAUAUUGAUCCGGUCAAUGUUUCCCCAAUAUCGCCUGUCCGGAAAAUAACGCCGCGAUCGUCGGCAUCCAGUUUUUCAAAUUAUACAUCCAGUCUACCGCCUCCAGUUCGUCGACUCACUGAAUCAUCAAUAUAUAGCAGCAGUGGGAAUAAUAGUAGCUCCAGCAACAACAACAACAACAAUAAUAAUAAUGGCGGCAAUGGAGGUGCAGUAGGUGGUGCCGGUUCAUCAUCUAUUGUCAUGGGUCAGUCAAGUUCUAGCGAAAGUUCCACUCAGGGUACGCGUUCAAGUUUUCUGACUUUGCAACCACCACCACAAAUCAUUCCAGGAACUACUGCUUCGUCUUAUCCUCCACCUCAUAGACCUAUAAAUAAUGGUUAUAAUAAUACCAGUCCCUUAAGCCAACAACCUCCACCCAUGCCUAUGCCUCCAUUACAACAAGGUGGUCCAAGUCCCAAUGGAAGUUUACCACCACCACCUCAACUGCAUUUACUUCCACCAGGAGUAGUGGCUCAACCUGCAUAUCCUCAUUAUUACUAUUAUCCCCCUCCCCCUCAAAUGGGACCUCCACCUCCGCAAGGGUUGGAACAUUAUUAUUCCAUGGCUCCAGGUCAAGGACAACUACCACCUCAGAUUUCACCACCUCCACCAGGGGCAGCUUAUAUGGGCCAACCAGGUGGACCACAAGGAGGCCCACUUCCACCACAAAUGUCACCACCACCACCACACUUGACUACCGGAUAUUAUGUCUCUCCACCAGGUUACAUUCCUCAGUCACUUCUUCCUCCCCAUGUUGCCGCGCAAUAUGAGGAAAACAACGCUCUUAUGAACAAGAGAAGAAUCAUUAAGCGUCGUACUCGUACUGGAUGCUUGACCUGUCGUAAGCGAAGAAUUAAGUGUGAUGAACGUAAACCUACUUGUUUCAAUUGCGAAAGAAGUAAGAAGUUAUGUUUAGGUUAUGAGAAUUUGCAUAAUUUGCAACCAAGAAGACGUAACCGUGAUACAAGUUUAGAUCUUAGUGAUCAUGACAACAAGCCUGAUAAUGAGAUGGUUGACGAAGAUGAAGCAAAUAGACGUACUACAAAAGCAGUUAGCACUUCAUCAAUCCCAACACCCGAUGGAAGGUUGAGCGAUAGAGGAUCAGCUGAGUCCAAUGGGGUUACAUUACCGCCACCUAUACCAAGUUAUUAUCGGCGCGAGAGUAAAGUAUCAGUCCAUGACUUGAUCAAGUAGCAUAUAAAGUGUAUUAUUACCAAUGUAUCAAUAUGUACCUUUUUCUUUUAGAGACAAAUCGUACGAGUAAAAUUGUAGACCUGAAUUAGUUGAAAAUUUACACGAUAAUUUCACUGUCAUAGGUUCCAAUUUCACCUGGAAGCCAUUGACCGAGUCGAAAGAAUGUAUUUGGGUUGCAAUUGUAAUGUUGUCCUGCAGCUCAAAUAGCGCAACUCACCUCGGUAGAUCGACCUGUGGCACGAUGCAAGUAAUAUUGGUGACGUUCUCAGCCCAGAAAAAAAGAAAAAAUCGCGGCAAUCGCAGCGGGUGCCGGCCUAAAUGCAUGUGCGGAAAUCAAUUACCACAUAGUUUAACC